AUGACCGGUACUAAAGGCUGCAAGGCGAGGGGACGCCGCUCACCGCCCGCGUCACGACAACAGCACAUCUCCCGCACACCGGAACGAGACACGGACCGCUCCAGCACGUCUCGCUCAUCGUCUCUUCGCCGCCAGGACCAACAGUUUCCACAGCUUUCCUGGGCGGACAGAGUAGCAGGCAAAAGAUUGAACGUUCCCAGCAAGGCUUCAACCCCCCCGCCCACACAGGAGGACCCCCGUGACCGGGAGCUCCAGGCCCUGCGAGAGGAGGUGAGUCGUCUUAGCUCUCUCAUCAAGACUCCCACCUGUACCCCUCUACCGCUUCCGCCAAUCGUCCCUCCCACCCAACCCACGCCGCUACCCCAAACACCCACUGAAAACAUGGAACAAUCCGACUCCCAAACGGCCACCUCACCCCCACCCAAGAAAAAACGCACAACAGAGCACCCACCCGUCACCCAGACCGACCUUCAAUCUCUAGAGGCCCGCAUGGACGCUAAACUCGCCGAAAUGGACGCGCGUCUAGAGGCAAAAUUCACUCAGCUCAUCGACCACCUAUCUCAACGCUUUGAACAACAAAUUGAAGCGGCAUUUACGCGCAUGGUACACACCCUUGAGAUGAGCCUUGCACGGUACGACACCCGCCUCCAAACAAUCGAGCAGGCCCUUCCCUCGAUGCAACUCCCCAAUCGCCCCUAUCAAUCCGACCCACCUACCCCACAGAACUCUCUACCCAACCCACCUAUACUCACCCCACCCAAGCUACAGUAUGGCGGGGCUACCACCUAA